AUGGCAUUGGUGCUUUAGGAAUCCUGAUAAAACAUCACAAACUUCUGUUCAUUGGUAUUAGGGACAGUAUAGAGUGAGUGCUUGAAGAACUGCCUUGGCUUACCAACCUAUCUCUCCACAACUUCCAAUCAUCUCUAGGGAAUCCAGCAGAAACACUUCCACAGAGCGAAAGUUAUAAUACAGAAAGUGAUGAAAGGAGGACGCAGGCUCUUAAUGACGUCAGGUAUUCCCGGGACCCACCCACUGUGGGCGUUUUCCACCUACAGCCAGGCGCCUCCGGGGGCGGGGCUGGCUCAGGGUUGACGUCACUACUGAGCGCCGGGCGCGUUCCGUUGGCGGCGAAUUCGAACAUUCGGACCGGGGUUUCUCUGCCUGAAGAAGCGUCAGAGCGACCGAAUUGUUUUCGCUGGCCCAGCGUCCCCGAAGCUUGUGUGCGAUACAGAGAGCACCUCGGAAGCUGAGGCAGCUAGUACUUGACAGAGAGGAUGGCGCUGUCGACCAUAGUCUCCCAGAGGAAGCAGAUAAAGCGGAAGGCUCCCCGUGGCUUUCUAAAGCGAGUCUUCAAGCGACAGAAGCCUCAACUUCGUCUGGAGAAAAGUGGUGACUUACUGAAGAGUCCAGGACAAACGCUUGUGAGAGUAAAUGUGGAGUCAUUAACAAGGAGCACGUACUGGCCGCAGCAAAGGUAAUUCUAAAGAAGAGCAGAGGUUAGAAGUCAAAGAACAUAUUCUUGAAAGUUAUUACGUGAAUGCAUUCUUUUGGGUGGUAACAGAUCAUAAAGACAUUUUUUACACACCAAUUAAUAUGGGAUUAUUAAAUAUUGGCUAUAAGUGAUGUGUGUGUUUGUAUUUUUUUUCUGGCAUGAAAUAUCUCAAGUAAAUGCAUAGGACUAUUUAACCCUUUUAUGGGAAUUACUAUUAUUUUUAUUUUAAAUGUCCUCUAGUUCAGUUUGCUUUUGUUUUGUUGCUAUUGCAAAUAUUUUACGUAUCAAAAGUGAAAUCUUACUGUAUUAAAUACUUUGAAAACGUACUUCUUAGAAUUAAGUUUAUACAUAUUUAGAUUUAGCCACAGUUAACUAUGGAAUUUAAUCUCUGAAGAAAG